AUGCUCGCACUGACCAUUCUCUGCUCAAUGCUUUUACCCAUCCUGGCGAUGGCAGAAGUAAUCGCGAAGAUCAAACUCAACUUACCGGACUUAUCAACCUAUAGAGAUUAUUACAAUUACGACGAUUUCGUUUGGGGAGGUGACUCGAAGGAGAUCGAGUUUAGCCAAACUCAAAUUAUGGAUGAAUUCGCUAUCAAAUUCAAGUGGAUUACUUGGAAUUAUACCCACGGUUCAUCCGUUUGGAAUAUGACUUGCUACGCCCAAUCGACCGCGACCUAUAUCGGCACGGCCGAAUGGACCUUAUCUCAAGAUAGAGAAAAUCCCAUUACUGGAACGGCGAACAGUCCUGGUAGGGUAUGGUGUCCUGCCAAUCAAGGGGACUGUGAAGAUGGUUGUGUAGAUGUCGAUUCUGCAAAAAUCCCUACUCCAGACACUAGCUAA